AAUAGCUGUGUAUUUAUUUUAAUUAAUAAAAAUCAACAAUGACUAUUUUAACAUCAGAUAUGACAAAAAAUUUAGACACAGAGGACAUGAGUCCCCAAAAAAAGCGUCAAAAGUUGACUAAAAAAACACCUAAAAAAUCAAAAACAAUGAAUAAACAAGAAGAAGAAGAAAAAAUGGAUUGUCAAGAUGACAUUAAAGAGCCAAGUUUAUCAGACAUACAAGAUAAAUUAAUAACAACAUUAUUAACAAAUAAAAAAAUAGCAUCAUCAGAGUAUGAUUCAUUGGCAGAAAUAUCAAAACAAAAUCCUUUAUUAAUUGAAAAACAAUUAUCUGAAAUAUUUAAAAGAAUUUUAUUAGAAAAAAAAACAACAAUUGAAGAUAAACAAUCAUAUGAACAAUUAAUGAUAGAAAUAUUUGAUGCAUGUGUUCGUCUUCGUAGAGAUAAAAAAUUAAUAUCAUCAAUAUUAGUAUCACUAAAUGAUUCUCUAAUGAAAAGCAAAAUAAUAGAUUUUAAUGUUGAUGAUAUUGUUCCUAAAAAAUUUACUGAUAAAUUUACAUUGUCAAUGAGAAACAUGACAAAUCAACAAGUAGCAAGUGUUGCAAUGAGUUUUAAUUAUCAUAUUUCUUUAAUUCCAUCAAAUUCAAGCUCAAUUACAAAUCAAGAUGUCGUUGUAUUAGCUGUCACCACUAGGCUAUUUAUAAUAUUCAUUGAAGGUGUUCCAAUUGCUGACAAUACUUGGCUUUUACCUGUUCAAAAAAAAUUCAUAAGUAUCCUUAUGGAUUUUGGAAAAACCCUGCUAAGCUUUAUUGACAAAAUAAAAAACACAACUUAUGAUGAAAAAAUUAAUAUUUAUAUUUUAUCAAUGACAGAAAAUUGGCAAAUUUUAAUUGAUUUAUUUAAACAUUAUUCACCAGAUGCAGUUACAAAUGAUAACAUCAAAAAUGUCAAUGAAAUUAUCAAAACAAUUACUAAAAAUAUUGAUGAUAAUACAACAACAAGAAAAUAUAAAUUUUUUUGUAAAUUUGAAGAAAAUAGAAUAUGUGAAAAGAAAAAUUUAUUUCAUAAAUUAUUAAAAAAUGAUACUGUUUUUAAUGACAUUGAUGAUUUUGGUGAAGCAUUGAUUAAUCAAUAUCCUCAUGGUGUUUUACAUCUUGAUAAUUUACAGUUAAAAAAAUUAUCAAAUUGUUUAUUAAAAAAUUUAACGACAAUUGAUGAAUUAAUUUCAUGUAAAAUUGUUAGAAAUAAUCGAAAUUUCGUAACUGCAUUGAUACUUGAACUGUUAAACAGUAUAAACUCAGUUCUUCCUGAUGAUUGUGGAUCAAUAUCUAAAAAGUUGAUAAAUAAAAUUGAUGGAAUUGAUUGGUGGGAUGAUGAAUCAUCAAGUAAAAUUUUUAAAUAUUAUAAAAAACAAUUGACAAAACCAGAAUGGUCAAAAAUUGAUGAAAGCGAUGUUAUAAAUAAUUGCUUAAAAAAUUUAUUGUCAUUACCAUUGAUGUACUGUCAAGAAGAUCUAAAAGAACUUAUAUUUUUACUGAUGUUUACAUUUAAAAAUGAAUUUCCAGAUAAAUCAGAAAGUAGAUUAAUUUGUAUUAAAAUUUUACAUGAUAUUAGUGAAUCAUGCACGUUUGAUAUACUCAAAUACAUACCAUUGAAUGUUAUCCUCGAGGAUUUAUCAGCACAAUCAGAAUUAAUAAUAACAAAAAUUCUUGAAUCUGCAUUAACAAACUAUGAAAAUUUAGAAACACUUAAAUCAUUGAUAAAAGAAAAUCCAGAUAAUAUUAAAUUAAAUAAAACAUCAAUAAAACUUAUUGAAGUUCUUGAUAAAAUAAAAUCAAAAAUAAAGCUACAAGAUGUUAAAGAUUGUUUAACAAAAAUUGAUAAAAAGUUGCAGAAAAUAAUAAGAAAUAAUAUGAAUGAUGACGUUGAUAAUGCUGAUAAAUUAAAACGUUUAACACUUGUUAUUAAAUACACAGUAACACAAAAUAAUAAAUUUGAUGAUGACGAGUUGUUGCAAGCAAUUCAUUCAGCUCUUAAUUUAUUGAUUGGUGAUAAUAAAAUUGAUGGUCUUGAAUCAACAAAAGAAGGACAACAAUUUAUUAAAAUUGUUCUGCACAAUAAAUCAAAUGGUAUAGUACUUGAUAAUGUUGUUGUUAAAAAUAUAUGGACAUUGAUGUUAAAAAAAUCAUCAGAAGAUAUAAUACCAUCAUUGAUUGAAGCAACUGAUUCAAAGAUUCUUGGUGUUGUAUUAAAUUCACUUAAAAAACAAACAUUCACAACAUUAAAAAAAAUAAAUAAUGAAAAUGAAGAAUUAUUUAAUAAUUGUUUAUUACUUUGGAAUUUAAUUGCCAAAGCAGAUAUGGGAUCAGAACGUGCUAAAGUUAGACAAGCAAUGAUAAACAUGAUGUUGGAAACAUUAAAAACAUCAACAGUACCAUAUGAAAAUAGUCGUGAUAAUGUUAUAAUAUUAAUAACAUCAAUUGUUGCAUCAAAACACAUGCAUAUUAAUGAAAAAAUAAUUGACAAUAUAUUAUUUGUAAUUAAUAAUAUUAUUGAUGAAUCAAUAAACAUUGAUAUUUGCUAUGAAACACUUAAAUUAUGCUCUGGUUUUUUGAGACAUCGUAUCAAUAUGAUUGCUGAUCGUUUACCAUGUUUUUUAAUAUUAUUUAAAAAACUCAUUAAUUAUACAAUUAAUCAAUCAAGAAUUGACAUGAUAAAUCAACAUAAAAUAACAUUAUUAACUAUUGAAAUUAAUAAAAUAUCAAGUGCAUUGAUUAAAAUGAAAAAAGAUUUUGCUAGAUUAAGUCCUUAUUUUAUUGGUGAUUUAAUUAAAAUUUAUGCUGAUGGUGUUAUACCAUUUUAUGUUAAAGAAUCAAUUGAUGAAACUGUUGGUCUUUAUUUGAGUAUUUGUGAUCAUCAUGCAAUAUCAUUGUUAAGUAGAGUAUUACCAUCAUCAAUGCAAGAAAUAUUUAAAAAUUUGUAUGCUAAUUAUAAAAAAUUCAACAAAUUUACUGGUAAAAUAUAG